CGUCUCUGUGUUUCUGUUCCUCUGCGUUUCGCACUUAAAUUAAAUUAAAACUUAUUAAAAAUGGCUCCUCCAUCAUACAGCGAUUUGGGCAAGCAGGCUCGCGAUAUCUUCAGCAAAGGCUACAACUUUGGCCUGUGGAAAUUGGACCUGAAGACCAAGACCCCUUCGGGCAUUGAAUUCAACACAGCUGGUCACUCUAAUCAGGAGUCGGGCAAGGUCUUCGGUUCCCUGGAGACCAAGUACAAGGUGAAGGACUAUGGCCUCACUCUCACCGAGAAGUGGAACACAGACAACACCCUGUACACCGAGGUGGCUGUGCAGGACCAGCUGCUCGAGGGUCUGAAGCUCUCGCUGGAGGGAAACUUUGCUCCCCAGUCUGGCAACAAGAGCGGCAAGUUCAAGGUUGCCUUUGGCCAUGAAUACGUGAAGGCCGAUUCGGACGUCAACAUUGAUCUGAAGGGUCCCUUGAUCAAUGCCUCUGCAGUGCUGGGCUACAAUGGUUGGUUGGCCGGCUACCAGGCCGCAUUUGAUACGCAACAGACCAAGUUGACCACCAACAACUUUGCCCUUGGUUACACAACCAAGGACUUUGUCUUGCACACAGCCGUUAACGAUGGUCAGGAGUUCAGCGGCUCCAUCUUCCAACGCACUUCGGACAAACUGGAUGUUGGUGUGCAAUUGUCGUGGGCCAGCGGCAGCAGCAACACCAAGUUCGCCAUCGGCGCCAAAUAUCAAUUGGGCGACGAUGCCAGCGUUCGCGCCAAGGUGAACAAUGCCAGCCAGGUGGGUCUCGGCUAUCAGCAGAAGUUGCGCGAUGGCGUGACCUUGACCCUGUCCACAUUGGUCGAUGGCAAGAACUUCAAUGACGGUGGCCACAAGAUCGGCGUUGGCUUGGAAUUGGAGGCUUAAGUCGAACAAUUUGUUUCCCCAAUUGAGGAAAAUAGUUAUCUACAAUCCCCACACUCCCAACAACAACAACAGAAACAGAAAA